UUUUAGGCGGUGUCGGGUCUUGAAGUAAUCUUGAAGCUCCAGCCGGGCUUGAGCAGCCGGACUCGAUCGGGAGGGCCGAAGGGCUGGGGGCUGGACCAAAGGAUAGACUCGAGUGGGAAGUAAGAAACACCAAACCUGAUCGUAGUUUUGUGUUCCGAGACAGCGGGUGUCCGUCUAUCACGCCACUCUGGCCAACUGAGGUCUUAUCAAAUACAACCAGAAACUUCUCAUCCUCCCCAGAUACCGUUACACUCUGGCACAUCCAUACCAUCCUGUCGAUGCAUCACAGCCCAACCAACAUGGAAUUCACACUGAGCCACGGAAUAGCCCUCGGGGCCUUGCUACUCCUUGUUUACUUCGGCCAACAGUGGUCACGGCUAAGGAAGAUCCCGGGCCCUUUCCUGGCGAGUCUCACUAACAUACCUCGUGCAUACUGGGUAUGGGCAAGACAAGCUCAUGAGACACACAUCUCAUUGCACCGAAAAUAUGGAAAGCUGGUCAGGGUCGGGCCCAACAUGGUGUCUGUUUCCAACGCGCUGGAAGUCGACCAGAUCUACAAGACGCGUGAUCCCUUGAUCAAGAGUGAAUUUUAUCCUGUUAUCCUGCCCAUGUCAAAGGGAAAAAUCAUUCCUGGCUUGUUUGCAACGAGAGACGAGAAUCUUCAUCGUAUGCUGAAGAAGCCAAUAGCUGGGGUUUAUUCCAUGUCCAACUUGACCUCAUUUGAGCCGCUGGUGGACUCAACUAUCAAGACUUUCUUGAGCGAGCUCGAGACAAGAUUCGUUGCCCCUCGGAAAAGCUGUGACUGGGGAACAUGGCUUCAGUACUUUGCUUUCGACGUGGUUGGAGAAAUCACUUUCUCAACAAGACUGGGAUUCCUCGAAUCUGAUACCGACGUGGAAGGGAUCAUGAACGACAUCUGGAAAUGGUUUGAGUAUGUUGCCGUUGUUGGACAGAUCCCUUGGGUCGAUCGACUCUGGGUCAAGAACCCUGUUCUGUCCCAGCUCAGGCCAGAAAAAUGGUCACCAAUGGUCAGAUUUGCGGUAAAGCGCCAGGAAGAGCGUCAGCAACAAAUCGCUACCGGCAAAGGAACUUACAAUGAUCGGGACUUCUUGUCACGUUUUCUGGAUGCGAUGCGGAAAGAUCCCUCGAUCCCUCCUUGGGCAUUGACAGCCUGGACAUCUUCCAAUGUCCUAGCUGGGAGCGACACCACCGCCAUCUUCCUGCGCACCAUGUUCAAAAAUCUCAUAGAUUACCCCGAGACCCUUGAACGCCUUCGCCGGGAGCUAGACGAUGCCGCCGCAGACGGAAGACUUUCUAAUAUUGUGACUUGGAAAGAAAGUCGAAACCUGCCGUACUUGGAGGCAUGCUUCAAGGAGACUGGCAGGAUUCACCCGCCCUUCGGGUUGCAACUGGAACGGAUUGCCCCCUCUGGGGGUAUAGAACUAUCUGGCCAGCAUAUUCCGGCCGGCACGAUCGUCGGCAUGAAUGCUUGGGCGGUGCAUCGCGAUACAGACGUCUUUGGUCCCGAUGCUGACUGCUGGAGGCCAGAACGAUGGCUUGACUGCGAUGAGGAAACCAAGUCUCGCAUGGAGCGUGGACUGUUGACCUUUGGAGCUGGGCACCGAUCAUGCCUUGGCAAGCACAUAUCCUACCUGGAGAUAUACAAACUGGUUCCGACGAUUCUCCAAAAGUUUGAUAUUGAAUUGGUUAACCCCAAGCAGCCGUGGAAAGUGCAGAACCGGUGGUUUGUAGUCCAGACUGAGUUCGAGGUCUGGCUGAAGAACAGGGAGACUCGCGCUACUUGAAAGUUUCGUGGAAGAUUGUUUGACAUUUUUGGUCAUGUACCCUAGGGUAGGGGUGGAUAGUCUUUGUGGGGAUAUUGAGGCUUUGGACCGAUCGUGGGCGCACACUUCAGAGUUGUUCAACGAGACAAGGCAAUGUUCUGUUUUUACAAUAAAAAGUGUGUAAACCAUCUGAAUCUUGACUUAGAAUGCAUUGAGGAGAUCCACAAA